AACGAUCUAUUUACUCUUCUCUGCUUCCCUUUCCUGUCGCCUUGUAAACGCCCGUUGGCUUCCCGAUUUUACUAGCUAACCAACUCCCCUGUUCUCGCUAUAAAACGAGGCGUUUCACCUCUUCGAAACGGAAACACUCCCAGUGAAAACAUAACAACGAUGUCUCCGGCAGCAACUUCCCUUACUCAUAUCAAUGUCGAAAACAUAGCUUUCUCGCCGGCCGUCAAACCUCCGGCCUCAAACAAAACUCUCUUCCUUGGAGGCGCAGGGGUUAGAGGAUUGGAGAUCCAAGGCAAGUUCGUGAAAUUCACGGCGAUAGGAGUGUACUUGGAAGAUGAAGCUGUGCCAUUGCUCGCCGUUAAGUGGAAGGGCAAGAGUGCGCAGGAGUUGACGGAUUCCGUCGAGUUCUUUAGAGAUAUUGUUACAGGUCCCUUUGAGAAGUUCAUACGAGUAACAACGAUCUUGCCAUUAACUGGUGAACAAUAUUCAGAGAAGGUUUCUGAGAAUUGUGCUGCUAUUUGGAAAUCAUUGGGAAUUUACACUGAUGCAGAAGCUAAGGCCAUUGAUAAAUUCUUAGAGGUCUUCAAAGCUCAAACCUUUCCACCUGGUUCAUCAAUUCUUUUCACUCAAUUGCCAAAUGGAUCAUUAGCGAUUCGUUUCUCGAAAGAUGGAUCGAUCCCAGAAGCUGAGAAUGCUGUGAUACAAAAUAAACUACUUUCAGAAGCAGUGUUAGAGUCGAUUAUAGGGAAGAAUGGUGUUUCUCCUGCAACAAGAGAGACUAUGGCUACAAGGCUAACAGAGUUAUUUGAGAAAAAUGCUGAAAUAAAUGGAACUAAUCAUAAGCUCUCAACAAUAUCUCCGGCAGUAACUUCCGUUUCUCAGAUUGAAGUCGAAACUGUAGCAUUCCCGCCAGCGGUCAAGCCUCCGGCUUCAAACAAAACUCUAUUCCUCGGUGGCGCAGGGGCUAGAGGACUGGAGAUCCAAGGCAAGUUCGUGAAGUUCACAGCAAUAGGGGUUUACUUGGAGGAUGAAGCAGUGCCGGUACUCGCCGUUAGGUGGAAGGGCAAGAGUGGGAAGGAGCUGACGGAUUCCGUCGAGUUCUUUAGAGACAUCGUUACAGGUCCCUUUGAGAAGUUCAUACGAGUGACAAUGAUCUUGCCAUUAACGGGUCAACAAUAUUCAGAGAAAGUUUCAGAGAAUUGUGUUGCCAUUUGGAAAUCUUUGGGAAUUUACACUGAUGCAGAAGCGAAGGCCAUUGAUAAAUUCUUGGAGAUCUUCAAAGCUGAAACUUUUCCUCCUGGCUCUUCUAUUCUUUUUACACUAUUGCCUCAUGGAGCAUUAGCGAUUACUUUCUCGAAAGAUGGAUCAAUACCAGAAGUUGAGAGUACCAUGAUAGAGAAUAAACUACUCUCAGAGGCAGUGUUGGAGUCGAUUAUAGGGAAGCAUGGUGUUUCUCCUGCAACAAGAGAGACGAUGGCUACAAGGCUGGCAGAAUUAUUUAUUUAAAAACCAUGCUUAAAUUAAUGGAGAUGAUAACAUAGUAUUUCAUUAUCUCCAGCAGAAUGGAGAGAAAGCUGUGUGGGGCAGCUGAAGUGGAGUGAAAAAUGAGAGAUAAACAGAUCAAAAGAUGUGUUUCAAAGCUCAUCUGUUAUAAUAAUGAAAGUUUUAUGCGUUUUUAUGUGUAAAAAGUUUGCUUGGUUUCAGAAGGGGAAAAAAAUAAAACGAAAAACAGAGUAAAUUCAAAUUA